AUGAGUAAUAUCGUCAUGCUUACUCCACCACCUGCACCAGGACCUGCACCAGGAACUCCACCACAGAUCAUAGUGGUGCCUAAUGGUGGACAACCACAACCACCACCUCCUCCACCGCCACCUCCUCCUCCUCCACCACCACCACCGCCACCACCAGUGAUGGUUCAAGGUCCAACAACGUGGACACGUCCUCGAGAACCGGUUCCGCCAAAUAAGCCAGUUCCACACAUGGAAUGCAUCAUCCUCUGA